AUGAUAGACAAGGAAAACAAGCUGAAAAAUGCUGCCAUAACCCAAGAGUGGCAUACGCUACUGCAUCUUGCAGUAGGUUCAAACCAGACUGAAUUUGUGAAGCAGCUAUUGAGAAUAUUAGAUGAUAAUGACUUGGAUUUGCAAGAUAAUUACGGCGACACUGCUUUCGGUUAUGCUGUUUAUGCUGGAAACAUUGAGAUUGUUAAUUUAAUGCUCAAAAGAAAUUUGCAGUUACCAAUAAUAAGGGGUCAAAUGGGAGUUACUCCUAUUCAGUAUGCUGCUUUCAACGGAAAAUACAAAAUGACAUGGCAUUUAUACGAUAAAACUGUACAUUCCUUUGAAGAAAAGGAUUGGAAUUUAUUGUUCUUUAUUUGCCUCCGCUCUGGAAUCUAUGACAUAGCCUUGAAAAUGGUAAGAGAUAAGAAUGCACUAGCUUUUGCACGCGAUACAAAUCAAUGUACAGCUUUACAUUGGUUGGCUACAAAUCAAAUGCUUUUGAAUUCUUCUUGUCAUAGUCAAGAACAUGAUGAUAAUCCCAUUAUGACCAAUCCUUAUAUGGAAAAUCAAGUGUUUUUCCAAUUGGUUAAAUUUCUCUGGACCACGAUUCUUGAUAAAUACUACUAUUCCGAAGCGGAGUUAAGAAAAAUCAGAAAUGAACCUUUCCAACUUAUAUUUUAUGCUGCAAAAGAUGGAAAUUUUGGAUUCUUAUCAGAGCUUAUCAGUGGUUAUCCUGAAUUGAUACGGGAUACGGAUAGCAAAAAUAGAACUAUAUUACACGUAGCUGUUAUGUAUCGCCAUGCUAGUAUCUUCAACAUGGUAAAUCAAAUGGGGUAUGUAAUUAAUGCCAUAAGUUUAUAUGAAGAUGAACAAGGAAACAAUUUAUUGCACUUGGCUGCAAAUUUAGCACCUCAAAGUCAACUUGAAUUGGUUUCUGGAGCAGCUUUUCAAAUGUCCCUCGAGUUAUUAUGGUUUGAGGUACAAUUUCUUUAUCUAGUUACAUGGAUCUGA